AUGGUGAAGUACUCUAGAGAGUCAGACAAUCCCACCAAGUUUUGCAAGACCAGGGACUCAGAUUUCAGAGUUCAUUUCAAGAAUACCAGGGAGACUACUGAUGCAACCAGUAGGUUGCUUUUGACCAUGGCCAGAGAGUAUUUAGAGGACGCCCCAGUCCACGAGCAAGCCAUGCCUUUCACCCGGUUUUGUAGAGGUGUUGGACGAACUGCUCAGGCAAAGAAUAGACAUUCAAAUGGGCAAGGAUGUUCGUCUGUCAAAUCUGUUAAAUACAUCCUAGUUUUGCUUAAACACGCUGAGAGUAACGCAGAUUUGAAAGGUUUGGAUGUUAAUUCACCCUACAUAUCUCACAUCCAAGUGACUCAGGCAUAG